GUACCGAGUUACUGACUGAGAACUUGAGAAGUGAUGAGAACAGUUUCUAUCGGAUUACAUAGAAUUUUUACAAAACGAAUUUAUUUUAAUUAGAUAAAAUAAUGUCGCGACCAGGUGAUCGACCAAAUCAAGCCCAAACCUAUAAAUUGGUAGUUGUCGGCGGUGGAGGUGUAGGAAAAAGUGCUAUUACAAUACAAUUUAUACAGAGCUAUUUUGUAACCGACUAUGAUCCUACUAUUGAGGACAGCUACACAAAGCAAUGUGUUAUUGAUGAUAUUCCUGCAAAACUGGAUAUCCUCGACACUGCUGGGCAAGAAGAAUUUAGUGCAAUGCGAGAACAAUAUAUGAGGUCAGGAGAAGGCUUCCUACUUGUUUUCUCAGUGGCUGACCAUGCCAGUUUUGAUGAACUUUUCAAGUUCCAUAAACAAAUUUUACGUGUAAAAGAUCGGGAUGAAUUUCCUAUGCUGAUGGUUGGAAACAAGGCUGAUUUGGAAAGCCAGAGAAUGGUUACAUUAGAUGAAGCACAAUCUCUAUCCCGUCAACUCAAGAUACCGUACAUUGAGUGCAGUGCCAAGGCUCGUAUGAAUGUAGACCAGGCCUUCCAUGAGCUUGUGAGACUUGUUCGGAGAUUCCAGGAGGCAGAGAGAAUCCACAUUAAGUCAGAGCAUAGGAACAAGAAGAAGAAAUGCACUAUCUUGUAAUAAACUCAAAAUUGGGUGAGGAUUGCAGCUAUGAAACAGUCAAUAUCAAAGUUAAAUGUCUGCAAAAAUUUUGUUUUACACAUUUGCUGCUUUGCUUGAUUAAUUCUAUUCUUAUUUUAUUAAAAACUUAAAAUUUGUUGCUCUUCAAUUGACUUUGAAACUUGAUUUAUUAAUAAAAAUGUAGGACUUUCUUCUAAUUUAUUAAUUUAUGUAAAGAUCCAACUAGUAAGCAAUUAGUUCUAAUUCUGUGAUUUAGGAAUCACAUUUUUUGUGUUAUUUCUAUGAUACAAACAUAUUUUUUGUUACUUGUUGUCAUUAAGUAUAAGUUAUAUACCUCUUCACUUGCAAGUCUCUGUUAUUAGUUUUAUGUAAGUCAAUUCAUAAAGGUACUUCAAUAUUAGUUUCUGCCGCUGUAUUGAUAAAACAAUGCCAAUUUCAUAAGUUGACCUGAAUUAAUAAUUUGGCUGACACUUCCUAAGUACUCUAAUGACGACUUAAUAAUAUGUGGUUUAUGUUCCACUUAAUAUUGAAAUUGGGAUCGGAUUCACUAUGGAAGUUUUGUAAUAAGCGUGCUGGGAAAAAACCCUAUCAGGAUUAUUGAAAAAUGUUAGAUCUCUAAUAGGAGCAUGGAAAUGUUGGUCUUAUUUUAUGGAAGCACAUGUUUUGCUGCUUAAGUCAAAAUGCACAAUUAGCUGUAGAAAAUAUCAUUCUGGGUCACAUUUAAUUGUGUCCUCAAUUUCUUUAAAAUCAGUGCUAUAUGUAACAUGUAGAUCACAUUGAUAUUGUAUCUUAAUGUUUAGGUCGUGGUUUUUAUUGUCUCGAAACCAAAAACUAAUUUUUAUACAUUUAUAUAGGCUGGCUCACAAUAGACAUCUAAAAUAGAAUUUUAUGAUAUAUUAUUAAGAAAAAACUUGAAGGCGACAUUAAAAAGCCCUUAGAACAACAUCUUUAGAUGUCUAUUUUGGCCUUUAGUUGUUUUCACAUUCUCGUAAAACGAGCGUUUUCUGGAUUUGAAAUUAUUUACAAUUUCAUUGUUAUAAUAGUUUUUACACCAAAGUUAUACAUUUUGUACAUUGUUAACACGAGAAUGUAAAUACGACGUUAGUGUAAGUUUUGUAUUUAUUAACUAUUGUAUAUUAAACAAUUAUGUUUUCAAUGUUUUGUGCUGAAAUAAACAGACCUCAUGUAGCAUAUUAUGCAUCACUGAUAACAGUCUUGGCUCUAUAAACCAGUUCUAAUGAAAAA